UUAUUUUUUUUUCCUUAAGGCCUCACAGAACCGAGCUGUAUCAUGAAGUCCCACCAACAUGCUGGCCUAUUGUAUAUUCUCCAGACUACAACAUCACAUUUAUGGGAUUGGAGAAGCUACAUCCAUUUGAUGCAGGGAAAUGGGGAAAAGUAAUCAAUUUCUUAAAAGAAGAAAAACUAAUUGCAGACGACUUGAUUGUACAGGCACGAGAAGCUACUGAAGAUGAUUUGUUGGUUGUCCACACAAGACGCUACUUGAAUAAAUUAAAGUGGUCAUUUGUAGUGGCUACAAUUACAGAAAUUCCUCCAGUUCUCUUUCUUCCCAAUUUCCUUGUUCAGAGAAAGGUGCUGAAGCCUCUGAGAAUGCAGACAGGAGGAACAAUAAUGGCGGGAAAACUUGCCAUUGACAGAGGCUGGGCAAUCAACGUGGGUGGUGGCUUCCAUCACUGUUCAAGUGAUAAAGGUGGAGGGUUUUGUGCAUAUGCUGAUAUCACACUGGCUAUUAAGUUUUUAUUUGAAAGAGUAGAAGGAGUGUCUAAGGCCACUAUUAUAGAUCUGGAUGCACAUCAGGGUAAUGGCCAUGAGAGAGACUUCAUGGAUGAUCGUAGGGUGUAUAUUAUGGAUGUGUACAAUAGAUACAUUUAUCCGGGGGAUGGAUUUGCUAAACGAGCCAUAAAGCGGAAGGUUGAGUUGGACUGGGGAACAGAGGAUACAGAAUAUCUUCAGAAGGUACAAACACACGUGGAAGGGGCAUUAAAUGAAUUGCGCCCAGACAUUAUCGUUUAUAAUGCUGGAACUGAUAUCUUGGAUGGAGAUCCACUGGGUGGUCUUGCUAUUUCACCUCAGGGGAUUGUUAAAAGAGAUGAGGUGGUGUUCAAGGCUGCCAGAAGCCACCGAAUCCCUAUCUUAAUGGUGACAUCUGGAGGCUACCAGAAGAGGACAGCACGGAUAAUUGCUGACUCUAUUCUGAAUUUGCACAACCUGGGGCUUAUUGACAAGGAGCUAGCAACCAGUGAAGCUGAAAACCCCAAGGUAGAACUGAUGAUUAGAGAAUCUAUUGUAGAUUUAACUAACCUGUCAUUGCAGUGAGACGGUACUGUUUUAGACAGAAAACUCACUAAUUGUAUAGUGUUGAUAUGUAGGAACAAAUAGUCUCCCCAGCUCUAUCAGGGUUAAUAUAACAUGAGAGAGAUUUGUCUAUAAAACAUUAACAAACUAGAGAUAAGAGCUAGUCCCAGGAUGUUUGCAAGUGUCUAACUUGCUUCUGAAUACUGUACUCCUAAGUAGCUAUGGGAUGAAAUGCAGCAGAACUUUGAGAAUGAAUUCAAAAAGAUGCUCAAAGAUCAGUGUUAUUGUUUAUAAUCUAUAGUAUAACAGGCUUUAAUUGUUUCUCUUAUUUUUAUGGAAAGUCUACCGUAUUGUUGAAAGGACUGUAUUGUUAGACUCCGAUGACUGUCCCAGGCCUUUUAAUAAUGGUGCAGUUGUUUCAGUAGAUGGGAGAAGGGAAGUUUUAAUCCCAGAGCAGAAACAUUUGACUGAGAGGGAUUUUGAUAGUAUAUUUUGUAAACAUACAUCAGUGGAGGAGAUGAGAAAUAGCAGAGAAAGAAGGGGCAUUGAGAAACCAAAAGAUAGAGAGGAGCAGACAAGAGAGGCAUGAAGGGUAGUGUGACAGUUGUCACAAUAUACAUGUAGUUUGGGCAGAAUUUUCCACAAUAUCCUAGUAAUAUUAAUUGUGCAUUUUGACAAAUUUUAUUGUAACAGUUGAGAAUCAUGUUGAGCCAAAUAGUUUUCAGAAAUCCUUCCCCAUUCAAUAAUUCAUAAUGCUUCUCUCUAUUAUUCUGUAAUGGUAAUUAGGAUCAUGCAUCACUAUUUGGUGAAUGUUUUGCUCUAAGUUCAGCAACUCUGGUUAAUCUGACAUCAACACAAUUCAAAACGUUAAAGAAUCACAAUCUCUCACAUUUACAUGCACUGGAAAUCUUUCAAAAAAUGGAUAAGAAAUUAAUUUAGAAUUUAGUACACUAGUUAACAAGAAUUUGUUAUCGAAAAAUAAAAAUUACUGAGUGGUCAUUUGAAAAUCAGGGUGGUGUUUUGAAUUAACUAUAAGAUACUACAUUUCACUUCUUACUGUAUAUAUUGUUGUCAAAUCUCUUUUAUUAAUAAAUUGUUUAGCUCCAUUUUUGCAACAAGUAUAUACACUAUUUUUA